GAAGGUGAACGCGACGCGUUCGGCGUUCUUUCUUUAGUCGGCCGAUCGCUUUGUGCUAGGACGGACGUAUCACGUCACUUACGCGUCACUGUCGUAUUCGUGUUGUUUACAUUCUUAUUGGUUCGUAAUGAGACAAACAUUGGUUUGUGCGUGUUAAAAACUCGAGUUAUUGUUGCAUAGGUUCCGCGGAUGCGGUCAAGGAGUGCUUAAGCGUUUUGGAACUAUUGAAACGAAGAUGUCUACAUUAAGUAUGAGGGCGCCUGGCAUCCAGACGACGGUGCUGGACACGAGGUCUUUACAUGUUAGAGGAGUCACAACAAUCGAGGGCGUGAGGAGAAACUUGUUCGGGUGCACAGACAGGGAGGAAAACAGGAGAUUUGUUGAGCGAGAGUUGGCGAGGCAACUAGAUUUGGACAGCCAGAGGUGGGGCUUCGAUUUUGCGACCGAAACUCCACUGCCAGGAGCUCAAAGGUUCGCAUGGCAACUAGUGCCGGCCGCGUCCAUCCCUGCCGCAUUAAGGAGAUCGCCAAUUAAAAUAACGCCAAAACCAGCAGUGCCGAAACAAGAACCCAAAGUGUCGAGUCCAGAAAACAGCAAAACACAAAAGAGAAUAACAGAUUUCCUGAAGCCCCGCAAGCGGCUAGCGAGCAGCGGCAAGAAGUCGCCCGCCCACAAACACAAGCACGAGUGCGGCGGCGCGCACAUUCGCCCGCCCAAGGUGGCAAGGCUCGCGCAGGCGUUCAAGCGCGCCAGCUAGGCGCCCAGCUAGCCACCAGCUAGGCCGAAGUUACACAGCACACGCUCGGGCAGCAAACUAAAGGAACUGUGACCUACAUGAGCACGACUACACAAAACAUAUACUGUGUCAGACCGCGCGGAUAAACGCGCGGCUAGCCGCAUUUCCAUUUCAAUACGCAACCGCUUGUGAUUGUACGCACUUUACCGCAAUUUUUAAGCGGUUGUAUAUGAAACGGGAAAAGUCUCCCCCGCGGUUAACCGCAUAGAUUGGAAAUAACACAAAUUAAUGGCACGACUGUACACAACAAACUCUUACAUUCUCUAUGUCUAUGACUCCAACAAAGUAUCGAGCAAACAUAUUUUGCAGUAAUACAUUAUGAAUAGUUAAUUAUUGAUUUAUUAUUUUCCACGAAAAACCGUCGAAUCCAAGUGACGUCACCCAGAAACUUAAGAUGCUGUUUUGAAGAUAAAGUUAAGUACGAUUUUCUGUCGAAUCUGUGUGAUUGUGCUACAUGUAUUAGUCGGUUUUUCGUAGAAAAUAAAUUAAUGAUUCACUUUCAGGAAGUAUACUUACAUUUUUCAUCCUUUAUGGAUGUUUGUUCAAACCAAUAAGUUUACUUCGCUGUGCGAAGUCACCAAGUUUAGUAGUUAAUCAAACGCUCGUCGUUGAUCGAUAUGCAUUAUAGCGCAGUGUAUACAAUAAUAACAAUUACACCCAUAUUAAUAAACAUGGAUUAUAAUUUAAGCAUCAAUUUACGUCUAACUGUAAUCGACGUAAUUUAUGUUCACUUUGACGCUUAAAUUUUAAUCCAUGUUUAUUAAUAUAGGUUUAAAUGCCUUUUGAAACUACGUUCACACUAUAGUUGGCUGUGACAGUCAGGUGUGGUUAUUCUAUGACAUAGAGCCUGUAAAGUUUGUUAAGUUAAGCAAACUGCAACAUUAAGUUUGUAAUCUAAAAGUUGAUUGAGUUUAAGUCUGUCGAAAAUGUAAGUCGGCUAUAUAACUUCGGAUCAUGUUAUAGUGUCAUACUUUAGUUAUCAUGGGCUGGUCAACUGUUACGGCAAUUGUGCAAAUUAUUUUAUAUUAUCACUAAUUUAUUUUGAUUGUCAACGUUUCAAGACGAGGCAUAUCGAGAACAAUAUAAUAAUGUUAAGUAAUUUGUAAGAUAGUUUCUGACAUUUAUAAUUACAUAUGAUUUAAAUAAUAUAUUUCAAUGAUCCAUUUUGUCACUCACAUCAUCACAAUUUUUCAAAAUUUUGCUCAAAAAAUAAACCAACAAAGUAAUUGAGUGUCCCAGAACACGAGUCUAUUCCAAUACCGGGCAAUAUUUAUUUAUAAAGUGACAAUUAAUUUUAAGUUUAAUAUGAUCUCUGACAAGUAAAUUAAGUUAUAUUAGUCGUUAGAGAUAGGUUUAAAUUCGUAUUUAGGUAGCAAGUUUUAAAUAACAGACGUUUAAAUGUAAUAAAUUACUUUUAUUUCUUAUAUUUUCAAUAAUAUGUGUCACAAUUGCAAACGUCUUGGGCAUACUAACGCAUUAUGUUGGAAAUAAAAUUUUCAUUGGAAAUGCGAUAGUAUUUUCGAUGCGUUUCAUUGAGUAUUGUUUCGUUUAACUUUGUAUUUUUCGUCGCUGUAUUGCGAGAAAAAUACAAAGAUACACAAAAAAAAAGAAAUUCAAAAAUUGUGUAUGUCAGUUACGCGUGAUUGUGGUUUACUCCUUACGAACAGCUUCCUGUUAAUAGUUUAUUGCACAAAAGAAAAAAAACAAUAACAAAGUAAAUACACGCUAAUUACAUAAAAUCAGACAAUAGAAGAGAAGAAAAGAAUUUUGAAUUUUGGGGGUAAUUUUACUUUCCAUCUAAUUUGAGUAGUAAAGGGCUAUACAUUUUCGCUAGCACGUGAAUUAGCUUGAGGUCAUUUUUGUUAUUGUUAAGGGGUUUCUUGUAUUGGACUAAUAAAAUAUGUCAGACGGUAAAACUAGCACGGUGUAUACUAAAAAUCUGUUCUUAAGGAGUAAACUCCAAAUCUAACUGCGUUAACCUGUUCAAUACACCUAACACUUCUGUACGUAGUCGAGUAAAUUUCCUUCAACCAAAAGCAAUUAAGUUAACGUUAAAUAAAUACAAAUACUCAAGAAACAUUUUGUUACCUCUUGACGUAACAAAAUUAUUAAUGCCAGUUUUCAAUUGAUAAAUAGGGGUGUCCGAUGCAAGUUGUCGAUAAAUAUUUAAAAUGAAAUGAAAUGAAAAUUUAUUAUUUAUAGUUUUUCAUUUCAUUUCAUUUCAAAAAAAUAUUAUCCACAUCGAGUGUUGUAUCAUCCCUGAUGAUGUUAUAUGAUAGAUGAUAUUGUUUUAUACAAAGACAUUGAGUAUUUGUGUUCGAUUAAACAAGAUCUUAACAUUAUUAGUUACGUUGUUGUAUUUAAUUGAUUAUUUUAUUUUUAUGAUUUAUCAAUGUUUGUUUUUAAAUUGGUUGUCUAAAUACUGUGUACCAUUCGGAAUAGAAAUUUCCCUAAAAAGCCGCGGUUCCUUUAUUAAAGUACAAAUUAUUUUCAUGAAUGUUUAGGUAAGGGCCGCGGCGAUAUCUUUAAAAGACACUUCAUUUCAUUUCAUAAUAACAAUUUUUUCAUUGCUAGGAUUCUUUACGUUAAGGAGAAUAGACAGAACUACUAAAUUUAUCGGCAUUUAGUGCUAAAUUUUCCAUUCACACGAUUUAAUGUAUGAAUAGAGAAAAAACCUCUAUUUUAUUUAAUUCAAUUAAAAUAGAGAUUGAACCACGUUAAUGCAUAACUUUUUCAAUUUGUAAUACGAAAAGUUUAUUUUAUAAUGUCUAGGUCUGCCACAGCAGGUUUGACUAGAGUCUUGACUAAAAUAACUAUGAAAUUAGGUAUAAAUGAAUUUUUAAAAUUGGACAAAUGAAGAAAAACUACACUUAUUUUGUCAUUAUGAGACGCUAUGCGUUUUAUGGUUUUUUUUUUAAACUACGAGGUGUCUCGGUUUUUCUUUUUAUUAUGACUUUUUUUUAAAGAGUUUUGACUUGUUCUUGAAUUUAUGAAUUGCGUUUAACAUGUAGUCUCUAGAACAAACGCUUUUUACCCUCUGUUUCAUGGCACAUAAAAAUAGCUAAGAAGCUAUCUUUCUGGAAUAUUCAUUCAGUUCAUACGUUAAAAAUAUCAACAAAUAAUUGACCAUGAUUUAUUAAUUUGGUUCAGUUAUUUGCUAUACGUGGCUUUCGUUUUUGAGAUUACACUGAUGAUUUAUUUAAAAUUUUAUUAUUCGGACAAUUUUAUUCGGAUUAUGUUAUGUGCCAAAUUAAGAUUGUAUUACGAUACUGCGAAUUAUUUUUAAUUGGACGUUAUUUUAUUAAUUUGUUUAUUUUUUUUUACAUUAUUUUGUUUUUUGAAAAUUAAGUACCUAAUUGGGAUAAAAUAACAUUUGAUACAAGUUAUAUAUAUGAAAAAACAAUUAAAUUAGGAAAAAUAUUUGAGAGUUUUUGGUUCUGUUCAAAAUCGUACAAACAAAUAUCCAUAGUACGUACAUAUUACUUCCAAAAAUAUGCAAAUCCUUCAAAUUCUUCGCAGUAUUGUAAUGCACUCACAAAAUUAUAUGUGGUCAUGACAUGUGGAGUUAUUUAGUUAAAAAAAGAGAUUGUAUUCAAAGCUUUGAACGCGAAAUAAACGAGUGGAAACGCUACGUUCUUAUAAUUUAUUUUAAUAUAUUCUCUUUAACACCUGUGAUGUAUUAAAUAUGAUCUCAGAACAUAAUUUAACUGUAUGCAAUUGUUUUUUUUUUGUUUGUUUAAAAAUAGUUGUUAGCUUACUGAGCGAUAGGAAGCUUGAGUAACUUACAAAGAGAGAAAGAGUGAAAAAUACAGUAUCCCUGGCUUUUUUGGUUUUAAGCGAAUGAGAAAUAAUUUAAUACAUCAAGAUUAAAAAUAUAAUUUUAUUUUUGUUAAUAUAUAAAUUUUUCUUAAUUACGGUUUGUGUUGGUUUCGACUGGACAUUUUGAGGGUAGGUUUAGAAGUCACGUCCCCGCGGCACUGUAUAUAUUGUGCACAUAUGUGUAAUUUAUUGAACGGCGGGAAAUGUGCGUUUAAAGGGAUUAAUUGUGCGUUUAAAGGGUUUUGGGGUAAUCUGUCAAAAAUAAACACCAUUUAAAUACGAUUACGUAUAAAUUUGACGGUUUUCAAUUCAAAAAUUGCGUUUAAUGUUUUGAAUUGACAUUAGUGACGAUGCUACGUCUCACUAAUGUCAAAAGAAAAUUUUGUAAAAAAAGUUAUACAUACAGCAAAUUUUAUCGACGUUCUAAGGGUACUUAAGUUAUAUCGACACUAAUCGAUAUUUUUUUCGCAAUCCCUAUAAAAAUAGUCAUACACACACCCUAAUCUAUAAUCAUUCGAUAUUAGGUUUUAAUUAAAUAUACUUAAACAAUACACUUCACUAUCUAGCCCCAAAGUAAGCAUACAGAGUAGCUUAUGUUAUGGGUGCUAAGAUAGUUGAUAUUAUAAUAUUAAUAUACAAUUAUUAAUUUGAUUUAAUAUCUGGUGAUUGUCGAAUGUGAAGUGUUGUAUGUACUUUUGACAGUUUACUUCUCAAUUCUUUAGCGGGAUGUUUAGUAUAUAGUCGAGACCUUGUAAGGGAUACACAAAAAAAAUUGAAAAUGACUGUUAUUGAAGCUCCAGAGGCAAAAUUUUAAUGUAAACUCAGUAAAGGUCGUAACAUAUAGCUAUUCUGUUCAUAUUUUUAUUAAUUUCUUAGAGUAAAAUCUUUAAGACAGUUACGCCAACCGUUAAAAUGUAGAGUUCUUUUUAAUUCAAUAUGUAUUUAAUUUUCACACCCUGAAUUAAUUUUUAAUCUAUUAAUAACUGGUUGCUAAUAAAAAUCUUUAUAUGCUUUAUCCACAUUUUUUGGUUAUUUUUAAUGUUUUAAUCAUUGGCGUAACUGUAAUAGAGAAUCAGAUUGAAAACACCUGUAUCACUUCAAGAAAAACAUCCUGUAUAGUCACCCGAGAUAUUACAGAUUAGAAUGAAAGUGCCACAAAUGUAAAACUGUAAAUAUUUUGGCAAUUAUUUCUCAAAUUAAAUAAUAUUCUAUAAAUAAUAACAUGUUUCAGUCUCAUAACAUAUCUAUGUGUAAUGUAUAAAACUUAAAAUUAGUUUAUAAAAGAAAGCUUACUUCAUACGGUA